GUGAAUGAACGGAAACUUGCAACUGAAACUGUAACUCCACUUCGAAGUUAUAUCAAUGUGUAUUAUCUCAUGCUUCAAGUUGAUAAGGAUGAGUGGAUAAAGAAGAAUAGAUUAUUUUAUCUCUUUCUGUAUGUUCUAAAUAGUGAAAACUUUGACAAAGGAGCUCGUGGGCGAACCACUCGGAGUUGCUCGCAUUCUUACCGGUGGUUAGGUGGUACAUGUAUACCUGUACAGCAAGUCGAGCGCACAACGGGCAGAGAUCACGCCACACUGCACUGCUUGGAAUCUCCUGCCUGCGAGAGCUAGAAGUUACCAUUUUAAUUUAAUCAAAGAGCUGAGUGAAGAAAGUUUAUAUAUUUUAUGGCAAUUUUAGUAAAAUGUUCUUAUUCUUUUUUUAAUGUAAACGUGACGCUGUGAGUUUAGCAAGAUUAAGUUUGCCUGUACAAGGUGUGCGUCUAAAUUCACACUGCAUGUACUCUCAUCCAAGGAGUCGUUUUUCAGAAGUGUGUACGCUAUCGUCACUCGUGGAACUCGUAAGGUCGUCGAUCAAUUCAAUGCAUGUUUGUUAUACAAGAAAUCGUGAAUUCUCUUCAUAAUUCUACGAGUUUCUUUUGCAUGAAGUCGCAUCUUUUCAACGACAUACCGAAGUGUCUGCUUUCGAAUUUGCUUGACUUAGAACAAAGUCUGAUUUCUCCUGCUUUCAUCCAGCUACCCGAAAGAGUUGUAACAUUUUUAGCCUCACCUUAAAUUUGGACAUCUAUUUCUUUAGCCAUUGCUGUGAUUUAUAAAGACAUAGAAAGAUCAGGGCUGUCGGUUUGGAUUCUAAGCCACCUUGAAGUUUUAUUUUGGACAAAUAUAUUUGAAGUCGAAGAAACAGAAAAUGGCAACAUCGUCGAUAGCCGUUGUUGUAAUCCUCUUCGUGGUCGUAUGCCAACUCGGGACAGUUCACUCAUCAGGAGCCACCAUUAUUAAAAGCCCUGGUGGAUGGUCAUCCGUGGAAGGGUCAAAUUUCACUCUUGGAUGCUGGGUAAGCCUCACAAAUAACAACAUGAAUGCCGACACCGUAUGCCGAACCAGAAUCCGAUUCACGAAGAACUCGACGAGCAUUGCCGAAGGCCCGAGGCACAUCCGUUCGGGUUCUACUCGGGAUGUAAAUACCAACCGUAUCAACUGCACCAUGACGAUAUUUCGGCUACGUUUGGAAGACUCCGGGUUGUACGGGUGCUGCUGGCCUGACGUCGCGGGGAUGUGUUCCCGUCAUCCGACCAAGAUGCUUACAGUCAUGCCAGCUUUAACUGGAGCUCCGACCACUACUCCAGAGUCAUCGACUACAUCAUUAGACAGGCUGCGGACAGGGAGUAGAGCACCCAGUGAACACAACGAAGUAGUCUACCGAACAAUCUCAAUGAGGAGCAGUACAGCAUCAUCAGGAGGAGAAAAUGAAGCCUACAAUCAGAAAUCGAGAUCCUCUAUUCAUAAGACAAUCUGGCCGCUUCUUCUUGUGAUAGCAGUUCUUGUGAUCCUCAUCGUACUUGGCAAGCGAUACGUGAAGAGGAAAUCGUCCGACGGACACUCAUCAGUUACGUCCAGAGACCCGGAGAGUCCGGACCAUGUAUCAACGGUCCUCGACCACAGUUUUACAUACGAUACAGACAGUGGGGUUGCUACCACCACUACCACAACCACCACAACAGUGCUCAAUCGAUUACAGGAUGAAGAUUCGCAGAGAUGAUCUCGAAGUUUACAUAUUUGAGGAGUGACACCUAUUGAAGUAAAGACUAGUAAAGACUAGUAAAAGACUAGAGACUGAAAACAAUGAAAUAUAAUCCUAAGCUUCAAGCUGAAACCUUGUGCAAGAUGGUUUAGAUUGUUUGUAGAAAAAGUGGGAUGCAUUGAUUGAAAGGCUAACGAGAGACUGAAAAGAGGCAUGAAUUAAAUCUCGUCCGUUUGAAGUCGUUUGACCCCGUUUGACCUUUUCUUCGGUUCAAAGGUUAUUGGCAUGCCUAUGUAAUGAACACUAAAGAUGUGCCAAUAGUCACAAUGGUGGUGCUGUCCGUGCAAGAGUGAAGAAAUGCAAAGAAAAUGUAGGCCUAAUGAGAUUGAAUCUUCACUGUUUUCAAAUUUUUAUUUUUAUAUAUAUAGCAUUAAUAAUUAGCAAACAUUUAUCAAACUUGAGAAAAAUGAGUGAAUAUACAUGAGUAGGCCUACUAAGAGUGAUUCAACACUACGAAGAUCUCACUUUACAUAUUGAUGGCAGGUCAAGUCACCAACAUGCAUAGAGAGAGAGAGAGAGAGAGAGAGAGAGAGAGAGAGAAGAAAAAUAAGGGAUGAGACAAACAGAGAGAGAGAGAGAGGGGCAUAUAUUAUAUGAUGAAACAAAUUUGAAUGUCUGUACGAGCUGUGCCAAUCUGUUUAAAAUAUAUAUUGUGAUAGGCCUAAUAUUAUACAUGUAUAUACUAGAAUCGAUGUAUCCAUUCGCACUUGCAUUAUUCUUAUAUUUUGCUCAUCUAAAAGUACUUAUUACUACAUUUCUGUACACUGUAUUGAAUUUUGUACUAAAUACCAUGAACAUUAUUUUUAUGAUGCAUUUUGAAAAGAAACGUCGUGUAUUACUGAAAGAAUGGAAAGUUGGACUACUUGUGUUUUUCAUUAUUCCCCGGUAUGCAAACGCUUCCUUUGUGAAAACGUACGACUUGAAGGUUUUGCGCAAGGGCGUAUCCAGGAUUUUAUAAGGGAGGUUUUUUUCUUCUUCCCAAUUCGUGAGAAUAUAUUUAGCGGCGAAUCAGCUAGCCGGUAGAUAAGGAGGGGGGGGGGGGGGUGUUUGAACACCCAAAACGCCUCCCUCGAUACGCCAAUGGCUUUGUUUCAUGGACACAACAAAACUGCUGUCAAAGUAAACUUCUAUCAGAUUUGGAGUAUUAGCAUAGCCAGAUAUUCGCACGUUUUGAUGGAUGUGAAUGUUCGAAAAUUGAACAAAGGUGUAGGCAUAGUCUCACAAUUACUGCUAGAAUAGAAUAGUAUUUACAUGUACCAUUGAUUUACUGUUACAUAUCCAAUCAGAUAUUCAAAUUUUGUCACAAAACGUAAUUUCAAGAUAUUGCUUAAUAUCUAUAAUGGGGUAUAAGGGAGAAUGAAUGAGAUAUCGAACAACAUAUUCUGUUUCUGUGUAUACACUUUAAACCUUGUAUAAUACUGUACUACAUUGUUUUUUGUGCUGAAUGUAACGCUUUAUGCAAUUACCUAUUUAUCUUUUUGUGUGUAUGCAAUUCUUAAAUAAGCUGCUAUCGCAAUGCCUGUAGUAGAGUGGGUUAACUUUCAGUUUACAGUGGUGUUUUGUACUUCGAGUCUUUGAAACCAACAUUAUUUAUGAGCUAUAUCUUUAAUGCAAGAACUUGGAUAAAUAACGCGAUCAUAAUGACUUCCGAGAAAUAAAAGGCAGUUUCAAUCGCCCUGUCCACCAGCCAUUGAAAUGUGUGAACAUUGGAAUGUCG